AUGUUACCUUUAGAGUAUCACUAUCACUAUUUCUCUGCUUUAACGCACACCAAAUUGAAACCCUACCAAUCAUUUUCCCGCGCAAAUUAUAGGGUUUCCCUUCCCUCCCUGGAUGACGCCCUCCGUCGUUUCCGAUGCCCAACUCUGCCCAACGAAUCGCUUAGGAACGGUUUGUGGGGUCGACACCGAUCAUCUUGGGCGUGCCGUUCUGCUGGAGAACCCGAUUCCGCGGCGGAUUCCGGCGAGGAGAAGACCGGCGAGGACGACGCUGGUUCGAACCGGAGAAAGGGAGGGUGGUGGUCGCGGUGGCGCCGGUGGCGUUGGCAGCCACUGAUUCAGGUUCAGGAAAUAGGGAUUCUGCUUUUGCAAAUAGGGAUUGGGUUCUUCGUCAUGCGGUUGCUCCGACCCGGAAUCCCAUUGCCCGGGUCGGAUCCUAAGUCUCCGACAGUGUUUGUGAGUGUGCCUUAUAGUGAAUUUUUGAGUAGGAUCAAUAGUGACCAGGUGCAGAAGGUGGAGGUUGAUGGGGUCCACAUCAUGUUCAAGUUGAAGGCUGGUGUUGGAACAACUCAUGAUGGUGGUGGUGAUGUUGUUGCAGGGAAUAGUUGUGGUAGUAGUAGUAGCAAUACUAGGUUGCAGGAAUCAGAAUCUUUGGUGAAGAGUGUUGCACCGACUAAGAGGAUAGUUUACACUACCACAAGGCCAAGUGAUAUCAGAACUCCCUAUGAAAAGAUGCUGGACAAUAAGGUGGAGUUUGGGUCCCCCGAUAAGCGGUCUGGUGGAUUCUUUAACUCUGCAUUGAUAGCCUUGUUUUAUGCUGCUGUGCUUGCAGGGCUUCUCCAUAGAUUCCCUGUAAGCUUUUCUCAGCAUAAAGCCGGUCAGAUUCGGAACCGCAAAUCAGGCAUUUCCAAUACGAAGUCAUCUGAACAAGGUGAAGCAGUAACUUUUGCUGAUAUUGCUGGUGUUGAUGAAGCUAAAGAGGAGUUAGAAGAGAUUGUGGAAUUUCUUAGAAACCCAGACAAAUACAUAAGGCUUGGUGCUCGCCCACCUCGUGGUGUUCUCUUGGUGGGUCUUCCUGGCACAGGUAAGACUUUACUAGCAAAGGCUGUGGCUGGGGAAGCUGAUGUGCCAUUUAUAAGUUGUUCUGCCAGUGAGUUCGUAGAAUUGUAUGUUGGUAUGGGUGCCUCUCGUGUUAGAGAUCUAUUUGCAAGGGCAAAAAGGGAAGCUCCGGCCAUAAUCUUUAUUGAUGAGAUAGAUGCUGUGGCUAAAAGCCGUGAUGGAAAAUUCCGCAUGAUUAGCAAUGAUGAACGAGAGCAAACCUUAAAUCAGUUGCUUACUGAGAUGGACGGGUUUGACAGCAAUUCUGCAGUGAUUGUUCUUGGAGCUACUAAUAGGUCAGAUGUCUUGGACCCUGCACUUCGUCGGCCAGGAAGAUUUGAUCGUGUAGUUAUGGUAGAAACACCUGAUAGGAUUGGAAGAGAGGCCAUCCUAAAAGUUCAUGUUUCCAAGAAGGAACUUCCUUUAGCCAAGGAUGUUGACCUUGGUGACAUUGCUUGUAUGACCACUGGUUUUACUGGAGCAGAUCUUGCAAACCUAGUAAAUGAAGCUGCUUUAUUGGCUGGAAGACAAAAUAAAAUUGUGGUGGAAAAGCUUGAUUUCAUCCAAGCUGUAGAAAGAUCUAUAGCUGGCAUAGAGAAGAAGACUGCCAAGUUACGAGGAAAUGAAAAGGCUGUAGUUGCAAGACAUGAGGCUGGCCAUGCUGUAGUAGGUACUGCAGUUGCAAAGCUUCUUCCUGGACAGCCACAAGUCGAGAAACUAAGUAUAUUGCCAAGGUCUGGAGGGGCUUUGGGAUUUACUUAUAUCCCUCCAACAACUGAGGAUAGAUACUUGCUAUUUGUCGACGAGUUGCAUGGUCGUCUGGUGACCCUUCUUGGAGGACGUGCAGCUGAAGAAGUUGUUUUUUCUGGUCGAGUAUCAACAGGAGCACUUGAUGACAUACGACGAGCAACUGACAUGGCAUACAAGGCUAUAGCUGAAUAUGGUCUUAAUCAGACCAUAGGCCCUGUUUCGUUAGCCACUCUUUCUAGUGGUGGGAUUGAUGAGUCUGGGGGAUCAGUUCCUUGGGGAAGGGAUCAGGGACAUCUUGUUGAUCUUGUUCAAAAAGAGGUGCAAACAUUACUGCAGUCUGCCCUGGCUGUAGCACUUUGCAUUAUCCGAGCUAAUCCUACUGUUUUGGAGGGUCUUGGUGCUGAUUUGCAAGAAAAGGAGAAAGUUGAGGGUGAAGAGCUACAGAAGUGGUUAAGAAUGGUGGUAGCACCAACAGAGCUUGCUACCUUUGUCAGAGGUGAAUCUUGGCAUCAUUUUUAA